AUGGACUCCUGUUCCUCCUCUCCAAAGCCAAAAUCUUUCAAACAAGCCUGUGAUAAUUGUCGCAGGCGCAAAAUCAAAUGUUCCCGAGAGCUGCCGUGCGACAAAUGUCAGCGCCUUCUCCUCUCCUGCUCCUAUAGUGACGUUCUCCGUCGCAAAGGCCCCAAGUUUCGGACGCUGUAUCCUCUGGCGCCUAUACAUCCUCUGGUGUCAAGACAGCGGAAUAUUCUCCAAUGCCAUGGGCAGCAAUACUCUGGAGACAAAGAAUGGUUCCCCGAUCCCAUGGGCUACCCUAUAAGUGGUUCCCCAGUGUCUCCUCCCCCUUUCGCACUGGAAGAACCUCAAUAUCCACCAACCGAACACACUGAUUCGUUCAGUCGACUACCGCUUCCGGAGCUGGUCUCCUCCCCUGACUCGACGAAUUCAUUGACGGACUCUGCCGGGGGUGCAAUAUUCCCUUCCCCGCGAAACUUAUCUCCAGCGAUCCUUUUGGCUCAUGUCAAUGUCUAUUUGAAAUACAUGUUUCCUAUCAUGCCGGUUGUGCGAAGGGAAACACUUCAGCAGGAUUGUCAUCAUCCAGAGCGUCUCUCGCCCCAAAGAUACGCCUUUCUGGCCUCAUUGUGUGCCGCAACACAUGUUCAACUGAAGCUAGACGGAGCAGCCCCGGUUGCAGACCCGUCGCAAUUCCAUUCUGGCGUUGAUGGACGUUCUAUGAUGUCCGGGAAAGAGCUGCUCGCAGAAGCUGUGUGGGCCCGGAAGGAGUGUGACCUAGUAGAAGAUAUCGGCAUUGAGAGUCUGCUGACCUCAUUCUUUCUAUUUGCGGCAUACGGAAACCUGGAUCGUCAGGAGCAUGCGUGGUUUUAUCUCUGCCAGACUACAUCUAUGGUAUUUACUCUAGGCCUCCAUCGUGAAUCGACCUAUGCCGAGCUAAGCGUCGAGGAGGCCGAAGAGAAACGACGGAUUUUCUGGCUGGUAUUCGUAACAGAGAGAGGCUACGCCCUGCAGCAAGCAAAACCGGUUAUGCUCCGAAACUCCAUCCACAAGCCACAAGUCCUCUGUUCUGACGACCCUAUCCUUGCUUACGGCUUUAUCAACCUCAUCGGAGUUUUUGAAAAACUCAGUGUCAACUUAUAUGACUGGGUUUGCGCCGGUGGGAGGGAUGGGCCUGGGGAAAUGCCCCCCACUUCUGCCAUCCAGGCUAACCUCAGCAAGCCCAUAUCUCUCGAAGGAGUUUCGGAGAUUCAAAGGGUUGACAUUCUCGUCACGCAGCAGUGGCUGCAAGCCAUGAUGUGGAAGCUCUCCAUGACCCGUCCUUCGCAACCAGGGUCGCGGAAUGACGCAGUUCUUCCCUUCCAUCUCCCUGUACUGGUAGGCAAAGAUGUGAUGUCGGUCAUCGGAGCAGCCUCCCAAGGCGCUGUCGAUGCCCACGGAAUUGGAAUGGAGCAAAAACUGUUUGACCUCGGUACAUCUGUCGCGGACGUCUCACGAUCGCUCUCGACAAAAGCCGCCCAUAGCUUGGCAGAAUCAGCAAUCGAUCCUCGCGAGUUACUUUGGGGCAUGCUCUCUACACUCUCUCGGAUCCGUGGCUCCCAGUCCUACCUUUUCCCUUCACUUCUUGAGCGAUGCAAAGGUAUCGUGGGCCUUGACUGCUCUUUUUCAAUGAGCAACUUUCUCCCUCCUCUCCCGGCUUCUUCUUCCGGAACAUUCGACCCCAUCUCCUCAUGGGCUGCUCAUGAGAACAACCGCAGUAAUACCAACACCGGUGCCUGGGAGAUCAUCUCCCUCCCAGAUAAGCCUCAUGAUCAAAGCAAUGACACCAUGGAAUCGGUCCCUAGAAUACUUCCGCCAACCUCAGGCCCGGCCGAGAUCCCGUUUCAACCGGGGACCUCCUCCCUCCUCGCCUAA